AUGAGUAAAAUUGUUGUCGAGAAAACAAGAGACUUGGUAGAGGAGAGGACUCGUGAAGUGAAAAGUCUAAAUGAAACUAUUGACCAACUAAUGAAGGAGAAAGAACAAAUUGGGUCUUUAUUAAGAAGUACAUUGUCUAGGAGGAUGUCUGUGGACUUAUCAUCUAAGACCAACGAAUUGUUUAAAGUUGCAGAAAAUGGUUUAAAGGAGGCUGGGAUAGAAUAUAAGUUCAGCAAAUUUCAGGGUUCUAAAGGUAAAAUGAGUCCUGACGAGGUUGAAGAAAAUGAAGUAUAUGCUCUGGCUAGUGCAUUGGAGAAUAUAAUUAAGCAGUCUCAGCUUGAGAUCAUUGAGCUAAAACAUUCGGUUGAGGAACUAAGGGCAGAGUCAAAUUUAUAUAAGGAGCAUGUGGAUACUCAAACCAAGGAGCUCAAUCAGUGGAAACAACGUGUAGAAGAGCUUGUUGAAGGGCUUAUGAUGGAUAUUGCUGCUGCUGAAGAAGAAAUCACACGCUGGAAGGUAGCAGCACAGCAAGAAGCUGAUGCAGGAAAAGCAGUUGAAAAGGACUAUAUGACACAGUUGGCAUCAGUGCGUCAGGAACUUGAGGAGGCUAGGCAAGCUGUAAUCGAGUCAGAGAAAAAGCUAAAAUUCAAAGAAGAAACGGCGGAAGCUGCCAUGGCAGCAAGAGAUGCAGCUGAAAAGUCGUUGAGAUUAGCGGAUAUGAGGGCGUCCAGGCUGAGAGAUCGGGUGGAGGAGCUCACUCGCCAACUUGAUGAACUUGAUACCAGAGAAACAUCAAGAACUGGUCUAAGGAGGCUACGAUAUGUCUGCUGGCCGUGGCAAUGGCUUGGCUUGGACUAUGUAGGCGCCCGUCGGCCUGAAAUACCACAACAAAAUGCCAAUGAAAUGGAACUUUCUGAACCACUUCUUUGAUUCUUUUGCCCGGUGACCCUUUUUGAUUUCCUUUUCGUGCUGGCUUCUUUUGUAUCUGUUGUGAAUCUCCGAUAAUUGAAAAGAUACGACCAUAGGUAAUAGCAAAAUCUUCCUUUUGAAGACGUCAAUUUAGUUGUACAUUAUUACGACCCGUAUAUUCAUUCUUAGUUAAUUGUUCAAGUGAGGAGAGACUUAAUGUGGCUUAUGCUGACUGAUUUCCCAGUUUUAUUAAUAGAGAUUGAAGUCACGUCAGUUUUAUUGUCUA